AUGGCGGACGAUAGCAAUAAAAGACGCCGUUUAUCGGAAGAUGGCAGCUUCAAACCUCAGACGGCCGAAGAGAUUGUGCUAGAAAAAAAUGAGACGAACGGCGAAUCUAAAGAAACACCAGCCAAACCGCAAAUGAGGAGAGAACUCUUCGUACGAUCUCUUCCAGCAUCAGCAACAACUGAAAAAUUAACAGGAUUCUUCUCUCAAUCCUACGUAAUUAAGCAUGCGACAGUCGUGAUCGAUCCUGAAACCAAGCAAUCAAAGGGUUAUGGCUUCGUUACAUUUGCAGAUAUUGAAGACGCUCAACGUGCAUUGGAGGAGUUCAAUGGCGUCGAGUUCGAAGGUCGCAAGAUCAAGGUUGAAGUCGCGCAACCACGUAAGCGUGAAAUCGAUGAAAAGGAAGGCAAGAGUGUACCGACUGCGGAAGCCGCGAGACUCAAAGCGGAGCGCACCAAGCAACGAGAACAGACUCAACCGCCCAAACUGAUUGUACGAAAUUUACCAUGGACAAUUAAAGAUUCCGAUCAGCUUGCUGCGCUAUUUCGCAGUUUCGGUAAAGUUAAGCAUGCUGUUGUUCCGAAGAAGGGGAAUGUUCAAGCAGGUUUUGGGUUCGUUGUGCUGCGCGGACGUAAGAACGCUGAGAAGGCGCUGGAAGCUGUGAACGGAAAGGAGAUCGAUGGAAGAACUCUAGCUGUCGACUGGGCGGUGGAAAAGAAUGUGUGGGAAGAGGCACAACAAACUGCGGAAAAGAAAGAUGAAGAUGCAAUGGAGGUUGACGAUGCUAAAAGUGAUGAGGCUGGAGCUGAAGAUGAAGAAGACGAGUCUGUUGGAGUUGCGUCAGAGGACGGAGAUGAGGAAGGAAGUUUCGAUGAAGACGAUGAAGACGAGGAUGAUGAGGACGACGAAGGCGAAGAAGAUGACCGAAACUCUUCUACUAUUUUUAUUCGCAAUUUGCCCUUCACUACCACCGACGAGUCCUUAUAUGAGCAUUUCAAGCAGUUCGGGCCGCUGCGGUACGCACAACGUCCACGAGGAACCGGUUUCGUCUGUUUCUGGAAGGCAGAAGACGCAAUCGAAUGUCUCCGGGGUGCUCCACGACAAGUAGACGCUGGCAAGGAAGAUGCUCACUCUAAGAAGCACUCUACAAGCAUCAAACAGUCGGUCCUACAGAACGAUAUGCUUGACCCUAGCGGAAAAUAUACGAUUGAAGACCGUGUUCUGAAUGUUACUUUAGCUGUUUCGAAGACGGAAGCCAAUAAAUUGACAGAGGAGGGUGUUUCUCGUCGAUCGGAGAGAGACAAGGAUAGGCGCCGGCUUUUCUUGUUGAAUGAAGGAACUAUCAACACCAGUUCUCCACUGUAUAAGAAAUUGGCACCAUCGGAAAUAAAAAUGAGAGAAGACAGUCUCAAGCAACGCCAGAAUUUGAUCAAGAACAAUCCUACAUUACAUUUGAGUCUGACUCGACUGUCCAUUCGAAACAUCCCCCGAUCAGUGACUUCCAAAGACCUUAAAGCUCUUGCUCGUGAAGCUGUUGUCGGAUUCGCCAAAGACGCAAAAGAAGGACGUCGCCAACCGCUGUCAACAGACGAACUCUCUCGCGACUCUGAAGAAACCAAAGUCGAUGACAAACGGCGUCGUGAAAAGGGUAAAGGUAUUGUCAAGCAAGCUAAGAUUGUCUUUGAAGGGCGUGACGGCAGCAAGAUUGAAGAAAAGACUGGUGCCGGACGUAGUCGCGGUUAUGGAUUUGUCGAGUACUACACCCACCGACAUGCAUUGAUGGGAUUACGGUGGCUUAAUGGACAUGUCGUGCAAGUCAAAUCCAGGGAUGGAGAUACUGAGAAGAAGAAGAGACUUAUUGUCGAGUUUGCCAUUGAGAAUGCCCAAGUUGUCAAGAGACGAAAGGAAUUCCAAGAACGGGCACGCAAUAAGCAGGAAGAGGGAGCCGAGAAAGGUGGUGACAACGGGAAGCGAGGAAUGAAGAGAAAGAGACCCGAAGGUCGCCCAAACAACAAGGGAGACAAGACGAAAGAUAAAAAAGUGGAUGCCGAUGAAGACGAAGAUGAGGAUCAAAAGAAUAAAAUUGCUAAGAGGAAUCGGAUCAUUGCUCGCAAACGCCAGCAACGAAGGCAAAGGAAGGGCAAAGCUUGA